UCUGUUACACCGCCAGGCUCCGUUCUAAUGAAAGGCAGAUAGUUGAGUGACCUGUGUGCAGUGUUGUCUUUAUAACACAGAGUGAAGUGGUAUGAGUUUGAGCUUUUCUGUGUAGUACCAUCCUACACCUUCCUUCCCACAGAUAAAGAGGAACUCUUCCAGAAUGUAUUGACACAGGUGGCAGAGCAGUUUUCCAGAGCGUUUAAAAUCAACGAGCUGAAGACGGAGGUGACAAACCGCUUGGCGAUGUUGGAGAAGAGAGUUGAGCUGGAGGGGAGGGGAUGAAGGCGGUGGAGAUAGAGAAGUGUCACAGCGACAUCAAGAAGCUCAGGGAGGAGAUGCCCUCCAUGAACAACAGUCAUUUCAUGGAUGACAAAAAGAAGCUGACAUCUCGGAGAGACGUGCCCUCUUACCCCAAAUACCACCUGUCUCAGGAGACAGUGGAAGCUCUCAGACAUCCCACCUUUGAUGUGUGGCAGUGGGAGCCCAAUGAGAUGCUGAGCUGCCUGGAGCACAUGUACAAUGACCUGGACCUGGUCAAGGGCUUCAACAUGAACCCCAUCACACUAAAGAGAUGGCUGCUUUGUAUCCAUGACAACUACCAGGUGAAUCCCUUUCAUAACUUCCGUCACUGUUUCUGUGUCACCCAGAUGAUGUACAGCAUGAUCUGCCUCUGCAGCCUACAGGAGAUAUUCACCCAGGUGGACAUUCUGAUUCUGAUGACAGCUGCCGUGUGCCACGAUCUGCAGCACCCUGGGUACAACAACACGUACCAGAUAAACGCACGGACGGAGCUUGCGGUACGCUACAAUGACAUCUCUCUUCUGGAGAAUCAUCACUGUGCCGUGGCCUUCCAGAUCUUCUCCCAGCCUGACUGCAACAUCUUCUCCACCUUCGAUGCUGAGGCCUUCAAACAGAUUCGUCAGGGAAUCAUCACACUGAUCCUGGCCACAGACAUGGCACGACAUGGCGAGAUACUGGACUCAUUCAAGCAUAAAGUGGACCGCUUUGACUUCAGUGAUGAAGAGCAUGUCACUUGUCUGAAGAUGGUGCUGAUUAAGUGCUGUGACAUCUCUAACGAGGUGCGGCCCAUGGAGGUGGCUGAGCCCUGGGUCGACUGUCUGCUGGAGGAGUACUUCAUGCAGAGUGACAGGGAGAAGGCAGAGAGUCUGCCUGUAGCCCCCUUCAUGGACAGAGAAAAGGUCACCAAACCCACCGCCCAGAUUGGAUUCAUCAAGUUCGUCCUCAUCCCCAUGUUUGAGACCGUAAUGAAGUUGUUCCCUCAGAUUGAGGUGAUGAUCCAGCCUCUGAGAGAGUCACGAGACAGAUACGAGGAGCUCAAGCAGAUCGACGAUGCCAUGAAUGAGGUGCAGAAAAAGAAAAGUGAGAACCUGACUAUGGGGAAGAAGAAAUGAGAGCUCGAAGCUCAAACGUCCUAUGGUGGAAAAAAGUCUGUAUGGCAUUCUGAGGAAUGGGACCUGAGGAAGAGGGGAAACCGACCAAGCCACUGUCUGACUGGCCGGAUGGACAAUCCAAAGCUUUUAUCAGGGAAUGUCGACUUGUACAGCACGGACUACUUAAUUGAACAAUAUCUUACCUUUUUAUUUUUAAAUGUUUUUGUUUUAUACAGAAUGUAAAGAUUUUUUGUCGCCUUUGUUUCCUACAAAAAAGGUUUACUUUAAAUAUAACCUUUUAUGCGGACUGUU